UUUAGAGGCGUGGCUGAUUAUGAAUAACAUUAAUUUGCGGGAGGGGCUGGUUUUGCAAUAUGGAUGUGCAAGAAAGUCGAGCUGGAAGCUCUUCUCAUAACUUUGAUCAAGCAGAUCAACCAGAUGCUGAUGAGACUAUAGAUGAAGACAAAGUCAAUAUUUUAGAUCCCAGUCCUCAAAAAAAGUCAUUUAAGCUAAGGCUAAAGAGAGGGCAGCACCACUUCAACAAGUGGUUGGAUAAUACAUCUAUCCAUGGAAUUGUUCAUGUUUUCAAAGGGAGGUCUCGCCUUAGGAGAAUACUAUGGCUACUAGUGUUCCUCUUUGCUUCCACUACCUGUGCAGGGAUCAUAAUAUUCUACAUAGUUUUGUGGGCACAAGAUCCAACUUCAACCUCCAUCAGUUUUAUAACUGAUGAUGAAGGACAGUCUUUCCCAGCGGUCACUGUCUGCAACUUGAAUGCUGUUAAGAAAGACUAUGCUGAUCAAUAUGUGGUUGAUUUGCUGAAUAAUUAUGCUAAUCCUACGUCUGGUUUCAUACAAAACUGGCCAUUUUCAAAUAUCAGUAGAUCUUGUACUGACUCACUCAACAGUAUCACCAUUGAAGAUCAGCAGGAGAAACUUUUUGAUGCAUACACCAAUGGUGGAAAUAAAAUUGAUGACUUUGUUGUUUACUGUGGGUUUGCUGGUAGCGAUGGCAAUAUUGUUAGGUGUGAAGAAUCCUUAGAGCCAGUUUUUACUUCACUUGGUGUGUGUUUCACAUUCAACAGUGCAUAUAAUGGUCAACCUGAUCGUAAGGUUACUCUUGCUGGGCCUCAGUUUGGAUUGAAUCUUGUUCUCAAUGUCAGUGUAUCAGAAUAUUUAAGGCUGGGCAGCUCUAAUGUGGGAGUUAAAGUAUCAGUUCAUGAUAGAAAUUCUAUGCCAGUCCCUCAAGUUGGAGUAACUCUUUCUCCAGGAACAAAUUCUUAUCUGGCUAUUGAAACAGUAAAGCAUGUUGAUAAGACCAGAGAAUCAAACUGUGUUAGACAUAACAGAUCUCUUGCUUUCUUCCCAGGGUAUUCUUAUGCUGCUUCUACUUGUCGUAUUAAUGCUGAGUAUAGAAAUUAUGCUGAUGCUAAUAAGUGUGGUUGCUCUCCUGAAGUUAAUCCUUCAUCAAAUGUUAACACUCGUAAUUGCACAAUAGCUGAUAUCUGCUGUCUCUCUCAAGAAAGACGUACAUUCAAUCCAUCAACAAACUGUCCUUUAUCCUGUGAUCACCUCACCUACAAUGUCGAGCAAAGUUAUUCCAAAUUAUUUUCAAGUGCCUCAUCUGAAAGUGCAGCAGAAUCUCUUGGCAAAACCGUUGAAGCUAGUUUGCUGUCAGUUUAUAUCCAUUUUGAUGACAUUCUUAUCACUCAACUACUUACGAGGUAUUCUUAUACAAUUGCUAAUUUAAUAGCAGAUAUGGGAAGUCUGUUUGGUUUAUUACUAAUGAACUUGCUAAUUGUUUCAAUAAUGAGAAGAGCUGUCAAAAAACUUGAAAGUAAGAUCAUGGCUCUUCCUGAAGUAAAUCUGGAUGGACCAAUAGACGAUGCAUGAUUAAACUUUCAUGUAAUCCCUUUUGCAGAUUAGAUUUAGAACUGACAAUAUUAGUAGAUCUCUUCUUUUUAUCAGUUGUACAGUAGGUACAAGCUGAAUUAAAAUUAUUUUAAAAUAAUUUUAAAUGGUAGAUAAUUAAAUUUCUUUGAAAUGAAAAACUAUGCCAAAA